AUGGUAAAAACACUGGAAUCUGGGAGGAUGCCUGGAUAUAGGAAUGCAAAAGAGUAUGCAAAGCAAAUAAGCAUAGUGAAAGCAAUGGCUAUUGUCUCCGGCGGUGACAACAGCACGUUAGGGGUUCUAUCCAACUCCUCCAAUAUUUCAAUGGGGGGCAGCGACCCUUUUAAAGGAAGAAUAACCGGGCAAACUCCAGGCCUCCUUGGCUUCCAUAUUCAUGCUCUUGGCGACCCACUAAAAAAGAAUCACGGAGCGCCAUCUGAUCAAAAUCGUCAUGCCGGCGAUUUGGGGAAUAUUAUUGCUGGUGCAGAUGGGGUUGAUGAGAUCUCAAUCAAAAAAUUUUAG